AUGAAGUUCUCCGUUCUUUCUCUCCUCACUCUUGCCGCUGGUGUCCUCGCUGCUCCGGCUCCAGUUCCUGCCCCUGAAGCUGUCCCGGAGCCAGGCCAGACGUACAAGAACUACGGCAGCUACAAUUACAAGAAGUACUCCAACUAUGGGCAUUACAAGCGGGAUGAAGAUGUAGAGAAGCGCGAGGCCGCACCCGAGCCCGAGCCCGAGCCCGGCUACUCUCACUAUGGAAGCUACAACUACAAGAAGUACUCCAAUUACGGACACUACAAGCGCGAUGAAGAUGUAGAGAAGCGUGAGGCCGAGCCUGAGCCUGCUGGCAAGUACUCUAGCUACGGUUGGUCUCACUGGUCCCAUAGCAAAGCUCUAAAACGAUCAUACCCUACCAAGUACUCUAGCUACGGAUCGUACCCCACGAAGUACAGCAACUACGGCUCUUACAACUACAAGAGUUACGGAAGCUACGGCACGUACAAGAGAGCUAGUGACUGGGUCAAGUCCUUUUUUUAA